AGCUCCACCUGUGUCUGUCUCCCAAGUGGUGGGAUUAAAGGUGCCCGCUGCAUCAGAAAAGAUGUUAAGGGUCCUAUGUCCUAAGGUCCUGUGAUCCUAACAAUCCCCUAUUCUGAAUGCCCUCAUUGUCCUUUCCUUUAGGAGUCAGGAGUUUGGCUAGUAUGACCUCUGGAGCAGUGGGGAAAGUAUCUUUUUAUCUUUGAGGUCUCAGUUGUAGGCCAAGUUACUAUGCAGGGAUAGGCAAGAGAGAACAGUCACACCUCCUGAUGACCAUUGAACUCAGUGUACUCCGGUGGGAGGCUUGUGCAAGCUAGGAAAGAUGUCUAUGUGUGUGGAAAGGGUCUGUGCUGUGGCCCCUUCUCCUCCAUAGAUGGAUGUUGCAUUAUGGGGAUGGGGAGUUUGUCAUCCCCCAGUGGGCAGUGGGCCUCAAUCCAUGUUGGGGAUGUCACAGGGCCGGAAGCCUCCUAGGUGAGGAGCUAGAUUCCAUCCCUCCACAUUGGUGGGCCAGGCUCUGCCUGCCCUCUUGGAGUUGGCCUGUAGCUCAGCCUAUUGCAGCUCUUCCCUUGCCAGCUCCCCCUCCCCCUGCUGCUGUUGCUCUUGGCAGCCCAGCUCAACUCUCACCCUUCCUCUUGACUCCUUGAGCUUCUGUGUCUUCCCCUCCCUAGUACUUCCUGCUCACUUUAAGCAGGGCCAUUGAGCCAGGUUCUGGAUGUCAGCUCAUUUCUUCUAUCCUAUGGCAAGGUGCCAUCGUCUGCAAGAUUCUUUGUUCAGCUCAGACAGUGGUUUCAGCAAUUAUCGUGGUAUCCUGAAUUGGUGUGUGGUGAUGCUGAUCCUGAGUAAUGCAAGGUUAUUUUUAGAGAACCUUAUCAAGUAUGGCAUCCUGGUGGAUCCUAUCCAGGUGGUGUCUCUGUUUCUGAAGGACCCCUACAGCUGGCCUGCCCCAUGCGUGAUUAUUGCAUCCAAUAUUUUUGUUGUGGCUGCAUUUCAGAUUGAGAAGCGCCUGGCAGUGGGUGCCCUGACAGAGCAGAUGGGGCUGCUGCUACAUGUGGUUAACCUGGCCACAAUCAUCUGCUUCCCAGCAGCUGUGGCCUUACUGGUUGAGUCUAUCACUCCAGUGGGUUCCGUGUUUGCUCUGGCAUCAUACUCCAUCAUGUUCCUCAAGCUUUAUUCCUACCGGGAUGUCAACCUGUGGUGCCGCCAGCGAAGGGUCAAGGCCAAAGCUGUCUCUACAGGGAAGAAGGUCAGUGGGGCUGCUGCCCAGCAAGCUGUGAGCUAUCCAGACAACCUGACCUACCGAGAUCUCUAUUACUUCAUCUUUGCUCCUACUUUGUGUUAUGAACUCAACUUUCCUCGGUCCCCCCGAAUACGAAAGCGCUUUCUGCUACGACGAGUUCUUGAGAUGCUCUUUUUUACCCAGCUUCAAGUGGGGCUGAUCCAACAGUGGAUGGUCCCUACUAUCCAGAACUCCAUGAAGCCCUUCAAGGAUAUGGACUAUUCACGGAUCAUUGAGCGUCUCUUAAAGCUGGCGGUCCCCAACCAUCUGAUCUGGCUUAUCUUCUUCUAUUGGUUUUUCCACUCCUGUCUCAAUGCUGUGGCAGAGCUUCUGCAGUUUGGAGACCGCGAGUUCUACAGAGAUUGGUGGAAUGCUGAGUCUGUCACCUACUUUUGGCAGAACUGGAAUAUCCCCGUGCACAAGUGGUGCAUCAGACACUUCUACAAGCCUAUGCUCAGACAUGGCAGCAGCAAAUGGGUGGCCAGGACAGGAGUAUUUUUGACCUCAGCCUUCUUCCAUGAGUACCUAGUGAGCGUUCCCCUGCGGAUGUUCCGCCUCUGGGCAUUCACAGCCAUGAUGGCUCAGGUCCCACUGGCCUGGAUUGUGGGCCGAUUCUUCCAAGGGAACUAUGGCAAUGCAGCUGUGUGGGUGACACUCAUCAUUGGGCAACCGGUGGCUGUGCUCAUGUAUGUCCACGACUACUACGUGCUCAACUACGAUGCCCCAGUGGGGGUCUGAGCUACUGCCAAAGGCCAGCCCUCCCUAACCUGGGCCUGGAGUUCUGGAGGGGUUCCUGGCUGCCUGCACACUCCUCCUAGUCUGGGAGGCCUCUCUGCCCCUAUGGGGCCUACUCCUGCUCUUGGGGAUGGCAUUUGAAUCUCAGCACUGGUAUGAGCCAGUGCUGGGAGUCUGUGUUGUCCAGGGGCUGAGGGUAUCAAUAAAGUGCUGUCUAAAACCUU